GACGAGCCUGGGAGAGCAAACCGAACUCCUUCUUCUAGGCAUGCAGUCAGAGCAGGAAGGGUGUUAGGGUUCACUCAGGAGCUAACGUUGGGAGGAGAAUUUGGGGGAAUUCUUGCUGCCUGCUGAUCAGUUCAGGAUUCCUGCCUAGAAAUCUCCACUGGGCGAACUCCCGUCAGCUGACCAGAAUGAAGCUGUUGCUUUGUAUCUUCCUGGCCUCUCUUGCUUCUGCUGCUACUGCACAUCUACACUCAGACCCAACGCUGGACAACCACUGGGAGCUCUGGAAGAAAACCUAUGGCAAGCAAUACAGCCACAAGAAAGAGGAAGGGGAACGGCGCGUGACCUGGGAAAAGAACCUCAAGCUCGUUAUGCUGCAUAACCUUGAGCACUCACUGGGGCUGCAUUCCUAUGAGCUGGGCAUGAACCACCUGGCAGACAUGACCAGCGAGGAAGUGGCUGCUUUGUUAACUGGAGUGAAAAUUCCCCACCGACCUGACCGGAAUUCCACCUACAGGCCGCGCCCUGGCAGCCAAGUGCCGGACUCCAUGGACUGGAGGGACAAAGGAUGUGUUACUGAUGUGAAGAAUCAGGGGCCCUGUGGCGCCUGCUGGGCUUUCAGUGCUGUCGGUGCCCUAGAAGCCCAGGUGAAACUGAAAACUGGAAACCUGGUGUCUCUCAGCGCACAGAACCUAGUUGACUGUUCCACUAUGUAUUGGAACCACGGCUGCAGCGGUGGAUAUAUGACCUACGCCUUCCAGUACAUCAUUGAUAAUGACGGCAUUGAUUCGGACGCUUCCUAUCCGUACACAGCUCAGAACGGAACGUGUCACUAUAACCCUGCCACGCGAGCCGCCACCUGCUCCAAGUUCGUUGAGCUCCCGUAUGCCGAUGAAGCAGCCCUGAAGGAUGCCGUAGCCAAUAUCGGACCUGUGUCUGUCGCCAUAGAUGCGAAACAGCCUUCGUUUUUCCUGUACAGAUCAGGAGUCUACGAUGAUCCACGCUGCACUGAUCAUGUGAAUCAUGGGGUUCUAGUUAUUGGCUAUGGCACCCUGGAUGGGAAGGACUUUUGGCUUGUGAAAAACAGCUGGGGUGAAUAUUUCGGUAACAAAGGGUACAUUCGAAUGUCCAGGAACAAAGGAAACCACUGUGGGAUUGCCAGUUAUGGCUCUUAUCCACAAAUAUAGAGGGACGCUCUGCUUCAGAAUGCACUCUGGAGAUGUGGUCUGUUAAACUGCGAAUCUUAGCCUUGCUGUAAUCUAACUGCUGUGUUUGAGAACAAUGUACGGGCUGUAGUGGCAAAAUCCUCCCAUCAGAUCCAUCUGACGGACCUGAGAUAAGUAGCCAAAAUGAUGAAUGAUCGCGGUUGGUCUGGUCCAGAAUUUGGGCACUUGUAGCUCACUCUCCCUAUCCCGCAGGGGUGUUUUUAAUUGAUUAAUGUCUCUACAUUGCUUUGCGCAUGUGAAGUGCUAUUUCAGUGCUGAGUAUUGUCACUGCCUCUGUCUCAAAACGUAUUGGCUGAAGGCCACGUCGCACAGAUAAAGCUACUCCACGUGGUGGAGUUGCCGAAGCCACGUCAGAGGUGGAGAGGCGAAGUAGCUGGAUCAGCACAUCCCUAGCCACAUGUAUGGAUUUUCCCCAGUACAGGUCACAAAGCAAUCAUUAGCAACCUAGGAGAUCAAGCAAACUGUGGACAUUCCUUGGAGGAGGGAACAUGUUUCCCAUGGCCACACAAAAUUGGGUUGGUAUCUUGCAAUGCUGCUCCCAUAAGUCUUAUGUGAAGACAUUAGCACACCAGCCGUCAGAAAUGACCUGAGAUCGCCUUGUGCCGUGGAGAAGCCCAGCCAUGGAACCAAGUGCUUCUGUUGUUAUAAAAUGUGACCUACAGAGUGAAGUCAGCCUUUGCCACCCGCAGCGCUUGGACCAAGGACACGGUGCAGAGAUGAAGGGCUUGAUUCUCUCUGCCACUGCACAGCCAUUUACCCCUGUGCAAAGUAGGUGUAUAAUGUUGCUGAAUCAGAAUAGCAGCAGUUUUCAGCCGAGGUAUAAAUGACUGCACGGGAUGCACAGUAGCGGGGAGUCAGGCCCAAAGGCUGUAAAUCUAGCUGCAGGUAGAGGGCUAGUGAUUGAAUGAGCAAGAAAGCAGGGAAAGGGUGAACCUGGAAUCCACACCCCCAGCUGCAAGUUCCAGCACAGCACCGGGAAACACACAUCUGCUGCCCUGUUCUACUCCACAGGCUGCGGGCCGGGGGCGCCCUGCUUCUGGAUCUGACCUACUGUGCCCUAUUUCGAGAUAUGAUUUGCAGACACCUAUUGACCGAAUCCUUGCGGGAUACAGUUUCAGAGUGACGUCACACAUCUCCACAGCACCUGAAAUGCAUUCUCUUCUCUCCAAUUCAGCAGUGAGGUUGCUAUGAUGAUCCAGAUGUAAUCUCAUCUGUAAGCAAUGCAUGUAAAAUAAAUUACACAUCCUCUUCUGAAAGGAAAAAAAAAUA